AUGAGUGAACUUGAUUUAGUGUUUUUAUGUGAUACUACAGGGUCUAUGGGUUCAUAUCUUCGUGCUGCACAAGAAAGUAUUGAGAAGAUAAUUAGUACAAUUAUACAAUCAGAGAAAUGUGAUGUUAGAUUUGCACUUGUUGAAUAUAGAGACCAUCCACCACAAGACAAUUCAUUUGCGUUUAGACUCACUGACUUUACUGAUUCUAUGAAAGCUAUCAAAGAAGCAGUUAAUAGGAUGAAUGCAAAAGGAGGAGGAGAUGAACCAGAGUCUGUUUGUUGUGGAAUGCACUGUGCAAGUAAUUUAAAGUAUCGAGAAAGUGCAGCAAAGGUGAUAGUUUGGAUUGGUGAUGCACCACCUCAUGGGUUUAUUAGGGAAGGAGAUGGGUUCCCUAAAGGAUGUCCAUGUGGAUAUGAUUUACUUAAAGAAGUAAGAGAAUGUAUGAAAAAAGAUAUUGUCAUAUAUUGUGUAGGUGCAGAACCAUUAGGAAGUAGAUAUUUAAGAACAUUAAUGCGAGCAGUAGCACAAUUAACAGGAGGACAAUAUGCAGCACUAGCAUCAGCUAAUGUUCUUGGAGAAUUAAUCACUAAUGGAGCUAUUGAAGAGGUUCAAAUGAAAGGAGUUAUUAGUCGUAUUAAAGAAACACUUGAGAAAGAUCCAUCAUUUAAAACAUUAACUCCAAAAGAAAAAGAAAAAAGAGCAAAAGAAGAAAUAGAAAAACAAAGUAAAAACACAGAAAUUGAAAGGAUAGAAAUAGAAACAAUAUUUAAAAAUGAACUUGCACCAGUUCCACAAAUAUUUUUAAUUGCUGAAACAUUAAAAGAUUUAAAAGAUAACAUGUAUGAAACACCUGAUAUUCAAGUAGAAUUUAAAGAUGGAAUGUUUACAACAUCUACUGGAUAUAUAAGAGGAAUGGGUAGGGGAUAUGCAGCACCUAUGAUGUGUAAGAGUUUAGAUCGAAGAGAAGUGGGGACAUUUUGUUGUGAAGAAACAAUGAAAAUGGAAACAAAAGAAAUAAUAGAAGAAAGAACAACAACACAAGAAAUAAGAAAAAAGAAAGGAAAAGUUACAAAAGAACAAACAGAACGUAUGAAACAAAGAAUAAAUAAUUGGUAUAAAUAA